AUGAACAAAAUCGAUUUAAUAGGUCACGACAAGAAUUCUAUUGUGGAAGAUUACUCCAAGAUGGAUCAGCUAGAGGCUGCUGUGGGAAUUGACAAGAAUAGAAAGAAUAUAGAAAUUCUCUAUUUAAGCAUUUUGAGUGAAAGCACUUAUGACGAAAAUGGGGUGCUAAGGAGCGGAUUUGCU